UAUUUGGUGAACCGUGCCCGGGAUCAGAAGCUUCAAAGUAGCUGCACACAGAUGGAUAUUCACUCCCUCCAGUCCCACAGCAACAUUCAGUUCUUUCUGGCAUCCUAGUGCAGAACUACGUGUGGGAGUCACUGGAAGCUACCUUCACCUCAGUCCAGGGUUGGAUGUGCAACCUGGAACCACCCUCACCUCGGUCUACCUCCUGUAGGAACCCAUGAUGGCUCAUGGCGGGGUGGUCCUGGACAGAGACCGGUUCAACUGCUCGGUGUGCCUGGAUGUCCUGAAGGAGCCGGUGACCAUUCCAUGCGGCCAUAGUUACUGCUCCCACUGCAUCCGCAGCUACUGGGACGGAGAUGACCACUCGGAGGUCUUCAAGUGCCCUCAAUGUCCGCGGACUUUCAACCGCAGGCCGGCGCUCUGCCGAAACACCUUACUGGCUGACUUGUUGGAAAGAUUCCAGCAAAGUGGACACCUGAAGGCGUUGUCGGGUCAAAGUCUGGCGAAGAGGAAGGACAGGGCGAUCAGUCAGGUGAUGCGACAACUGUUGGAUAAAUUAAACCCGGAUGAGCAGAAACUUGUCCAGGAUGAGUUGGAUUCCCAGGAUAAAAAGAUGAGGGUGUACAGAAUGGCUUUUCUGGUGCUCGAUAAGAAGCAACUGGAGGAGCAGAAGACGCAGAUGGAGAAACAGACGAUGAGAGACCUGAACAAGUUGGACAAGACCAAGAAGGAGACACGGGACCAUGUGGAAGAGUGCGAGGAGAAGUUGAGGACGCGAGAAAGGGAGGCGAAGGAGAUGGUCGACAGCAGCCAGGCUAGAGUGGACAGCACCCAGGAGAAACUGGGCCAGAUCGUGAAGAAGUUGAAGGACAACGAGCAGGAGUAUGAAGAGCUGAGGCAAGAACGCCUUGAGGUGCUCCGAGCGUGGGUUGGAAGUUCCAUGCCACACUGUUCCUACGAGCUUGGAGAGGGCGAGGCCCUGAGGGACGAGGGUCUGAAGGACGAUGCCGAGCCGGUGCCAGCAAAGAAGACUAAGGACACUUUAUAAAGUCGUAGGUUUAUCUCUCCAGUCUGCGCUCGCUGGCCCAAAGCUCAUUUAUUCUCUCUCAGUGUACACAUUGAAAUUUGCUACCGUCUAAUUUCCAUUUUUUUAGAUCCUAGACCUGCACGGCAAAAAACUGUAGUGUCGAAUCAACUCCCGCAGAGUUCAUUCUGACACCUUUUUAAAGGUUUAUACAGUUCCACACUCUACAGAGUUAACUAUUCAACACUAUGCCAGAGUUCCUUCUUUGAAUCAUCAAACUGGUUUGAACGAUCACUAAGUCAGGUAAUACUUUAUCUUGCUUGUGUUUGAGCUCACAAAUAUACAGUUCUGCAUCACGAUAUGUCCUAAAGUAGUCAAGCUUGUUAUUGUGACAGGAAGUAGGGUUCCCAGGUGACCGGUGUUGCGUCGGACCAGACUUCCCUCCCAGGGAAGUAAAGUUACUGGUCAAUCCCAAGUUCUUUCAGAUGACAUAUAUGCAGAGUAAGAAGGACCAUCAAGACAGAAUUGGAAUAUUAUCAAGUUUUACUGAAACUUUCAGGAGAACCACCUAGACCAGGGGUCACCAACCUUUUUGAAACCAAGAGCUACUUCUUGGGUACUGAUUAAUGCGAAGGGCUACCAGUUUGAUACACACUUAAAUAAAUUGCCAAAAAUAGCCAAUUUGCUCAAUUUACCUUUAACUCUAUGUUAUUAUUCAUAAUUAAUGAUAUUUACACUUAAUUGAACGGUUUAAAAGAGGAGAAAACACGAAAAAAAAUGACAAUUAAAUUUUGAAACAUAGUUUAUCUUCAAUUUCGACUCUUUAAAAUUCAAAAUUCAACCGAAAAAAAGAAGAGAAAAACUAGCUAAUUCGAAUCUUUUUGAAAAAAAUAAAAAAAUAAUUAAUGGAACAUCAUUAGUAAUUUUUCCUGAUUAAGAUUAAUUUUAGAAUUUUGAUGACAUGUUUUAAAUAGGUUAAAAUCCAAUCUACACUUUGUUAGAAUAUAUAACAAAUUGGACCAAGCUAGACAAAUCAUUAUUUCUUCUAGAUUUUCCAGAAACAUUUUUUUAAAAGAAAUUCAAUAGACUUUGAAAUAAGAUUAAAAUUUGAUUCUACAGAUUUUCUAGAUUUGCCAGAAUAUUUUUUUAAAAUUUUAAUCAUAAUAAGUUUGAAGAAAUAUUUCACAAAUAUUCUUCACAUCAGUGUGUGAAUGUGUGUGUGAAUGGGUAAAUGUGGAAAUACUGUCAAAGCGCUUUGAGUACCUUGAAGGUAGAAAAGCGCUAUACAAGUACAACCCAUUUAUCAUUUAUUUCGUCGAAAAAACAGAAGCUAAAAUGAAGAAUUAAAUUAAAAUGUAUUUAUUAUUCUUUACAAUAAAAAAAAAUUAAAAUUACUUGAACAUUGAUUUAAAUUGUCAGGAAAGAAGAGGAAGGAAUUUAAAAGGUAAAAAGGUAUAUGUGUUUAAAAAUCCUAAAAUCAUUUUUAAGUGUAUUUUUUCUCUAAAAUUGUCUUUCUGAAAGUUAUAAGAAGCAAAGUAAAAAAAUUAAUGAAUUUAUUUAAACAAGUGAAGACCAAGUCUUUAAAAUAUUUUCUUGGAUUUUCAAAUUCAAUUUGAGUUUUGUCUCUCUUAGAAUUAAAAAUGUCGGGCAAAGCUAGACCAGCUUGCUAGUAAAUAAAUAAAAUUUAAAAAAUAGAGGCUGCUAUUUGAACUAUUUUUAGAACAGGCCAGCGGGCUACUCAUCUGGUCCUUACGGGCUACCUGGUGCCCGCGGGCACCGCGUUGGUGACACCUGACCUAGACCAAUACAUUCAUACCGGCUUCCUAAGUUGUUCUAACAUUCAAACAGGAAGAGAAAACUUCUUGAGUAGCAAACAGCCCCCACCCUCUCCAGGAAGGAAUACAGGCUCAUUGUUCUACUACAGAUAAGAUGUAAGGGAGUACUCCAACUCCUACAUUCCAAGUCUUCAAGGUAACACACACAGUUCACUUGCGGGCAUAAAAUGGAGAAAUAGAAAGAGUACAAAUAGAAAAACACUAGCUGCUUCAAACAUGACUAUGAGUACAGAAAGAAGUCUUAAACAUGUCUGCUUUCUCCACACCGGUCAGGCUCGUUAGACAUCGGGAAUCUCAGUGAGAUUGUUCUCGUUUUGAUGAUAUCGGUUUACUUGGUAAGACUUUUUGUGUUAUAAAUCAGAUACUAGGUGACUUGUUUUCCCGUGAUACUGCUACUUCAGAAAGUGGACUUUACAGGUGUCAAACUGAUAUCAUUGAUGGAAAUAAAGUUGAACAA